UGAAACUUCCACAGUAGUAUGGCAGUUGUUACACGGAAAUCUUGGGUGUUUCAGGGUGCCAGGGCCUUAGGAACCCUAUAUGGAAACAAAUCACUGCGUCACCACGAUGGAAUUCCGGUUCUGAAGAGGAAAUUGAGCAAUGGAAAGGAGAGUAAACUUGAAGCUCUAGUGACCUUUGGGGAAUCUAAGCGCAUUAUACGCUUUAAGAAGGGAGACGAUUUGAAAACCUUUCGUCAUCAUUUCCUAUGGGCCUUCUCUGAUAUUCUCUCAGAAGAUGUUGCUCCGGGGAAUGUUAAAUUUCAGAAAUUUGAUCACAACUUCAAUGAAUAUGUGGAAGUCAAACAUGACCUAGGGUUGGAAGAAAAUGACAAGCUGAAAGCCAUAGUCAUUCUAAAGAACGAGAACAAGGCUGCACAAAUAUCUUCCGCUGAGAUUCAACAAGACAUGGAACCCCAACGGUGGCCCCGAUUGUGGCCCCAUUGUCACAUGGUGUAUCCAUGGCUUCCAAUACAAAAUUUAGGGCCGGGUUCGCCGAUGUUUUCAAGGCCUCAUCCAAUCAAAACAAAUACCACAUACCAACUUUGGAGCCCAGUCAGCAAGAUAAACGACGGUUGCAUUGAACGUCAUUCGCAGACUAAUAUAGUGAAUUGCAAAGGGAAUUUCAACGGAGGAAUUAACACUGUUAUGAAAGCUAUUGAUGAAACAAGAAUUUUGACCUUCUACGUGGCGCUUCAGUUUAAAAAUAGUUCAGAUAGAAAGGACUAUGUACUGACUGGAAAUGCAGAAGGACAGGACAUUACCUCAACAGAGGUACAAAUUGGAGUGCCACUCGACGAUAAAUGUAUCUUUUUGCCCCUUUACUACUGGAGUUACACCAUGUUCCAAAACAAGAACGAUAAGAACCUAUACCUGGGUUGCGAUCACACUGGAAAAGCAACAUUGGUGAAAAAUGCUGACCUCGACUAUCCCAACCCUCAAGCUCUGUUUAUUUUAAAAAGAGUUGUUCAAGUUCAGUAACUCCCUUGUGAAUAAAACUGGCUUCUGAGCCCAAUAAAGAUCACGGCUUUUCCCCACUUUGCAAUUUUAUCAUAAUCUUUAGAGGCAUAUGUUAGCCAUGUUUUGUAACAGACUCAGCAGAUUCGAUGGAAUAAUCCAGCUACUAAAGAGUUAAUUCGACGUUUUCAAGCCUCCGAGAUAGACAUUCAUUUCCCUCCGUUUGUAAGGUAGAAUAAAAUAGAAUAAAAGCAUGACGCAGCUUUAAAUAAAAGAAAUGUAAACUUUCCAACACUUGAAUUCAAUUUCUACUUCAACUAACAACAGAAAGAAAAGAGAAGGGGAGGGGAGGGUACAGGAAUAGAAAAGGGCGAUAUAAUACUACGCAAGCGAAAGAAGGCGAGUUAAGGGCAGAAGGUGCGAAGAAUUAAUUUCUUGAUUGGUUUGCAAUGGCCACCGUUUGAUAAGUCUGCUUUGCAGCUUGUCUAGGGGAUGUCACGCGCCGCCCCCGAAGAAGAGACUAACGUUUGAUGUAUUCAAGGGUGCACCUGCUAAACUCGAUCGAGUACAUGAGGUCGAGGCUCAUGUUCGCUAAUUGGGAAAUUAUUUUGAAAUGAGAAUCUUGUUUUCUUCAAAUGCAUGGUCCUCCCUCACAGCUGAAAACUUUCCUCGUCAAUACACAGGAGCCAAGUCAAAGAGGACAAGAGAAAUGACGAUAAAUUUUCUUUGACGUGCAUGGAAAAAGGAUUGAUUUCCUCUGAAACUCUACAUCAGCCUAUAGUUCAAUUUAAUUAAACAAUAUUCUACCAAUCGAACACUUUUCAUGUCCGUGAAAUGUACCAAAGAG